AUGAACUUGGUUUACUUUUUUGAUGUUAUUUUGCUUUUCUGCUUGCUAGGUGUAAGCGCCUCGCCUGCCAAGACAAAAAUGUACGGCAAGUUGCCGCUGGUUUUGACUGACGCAUGCAUGGGAGUUCUUGGCGAAGUCACUUGGGAGUAUACUAGCGAUGAUUUAUAUGCAUCACCAGCAUGUACAUAUGAACCUGCAUUGCAAUCAAUGCUGUAUUGUAUUUACGAAUCAUUGAACGAAAAAGGUCAUUCAAAUAAAACCUUUGAAAAAACAUUCUCUGCUAUCAAGGAAGAUUGCUCAUAUUACACUGACAGCCUUCAGAAUAUGACCGAUGAUGAUUUUUAUAAUAUAAUGAAUAACGGAACAAAGCAUAUGGUGGAGUAUAUUGAAGAUAGUGUAAAUCUUACUUAUCCGAUUUGGAUAAAUGCCGAAAUAAGGAAUAAGUACUACUAUUCCUACCAUGGUUUCUAUGCUAACUACGACAUUGGUCAUACAUAUGGUGGUAUAAUUUGUGCCUAUUUUGUAGGUGUUAUGAUUCUUGCAAGCAUUCUUCAUUAUUUGAAUUACACUCCGUUUAAAACUGCCUUACUUAGACAAAGAUUUGUCAGAUAUGUGAGAGGAUAUUUUACACUGCCUACUAUUUGUGGAAAGCAUGCGUCGAGCCUUUUUGGUCUCAAAAUAUUUACAGGCUAUCUUCCCACACGAUUUGAAGGUGUCAUUAUACUUGGAUACCUGGUACUGCAUACUGUUUUCCUGGCUUACGGAUAUCAGUACGAUCCCUAUAAUUUAAUAUUCGAUUCUCGUAAAGAACAAGUUGCUAGAUAUGUGGCAGAUAGAAGUGGUGUUCUGGCAUUUGCACAUCUUCCCCUGAUAGCUCUUUUUGCCGGAAGGAACAAUUUUCUUGAGGCUAUCUCUGGCGUGAAAUACACUUCUUUCAUUAUGUUUCAUAAAUGGCUGGGAAGGAUGAUGUUUUUAGAUUCAAUGAUUCACGGUGCCGCCUAUACCAGUUAUGCAGUAUUCUAUAAAGAUUGGGAAGUGAGCAAGGAUGAAACAUAUUGGCAGUUUGGUGUAGCUGCACUUUGUCUAGCUGGUGUUAUUGUUUUUUUCUCCUUAGCAAUUUUUAGAAAAUUAUUUUAUGAGGCAUUCCUAUUUCUUCAUAUUGUUCUUGGCGCAUUGUUCUUUUAUACAUGUUGGGAGCAUGUCGUAGAGAUUAGUGGCAUUGAGUGGAUAUACGCUGCUAUUGCCAUUUGGAUCUUUGAUAGGCUUAUUCGAAUUAUUAGAGUAUCGUAUUUUGGUUUUCCUAAGGCCUCAUUGCAGUUAAUCGGAGAUGACAUCAUUCGAGUCACGGUUAAAAAACCAGCAUUACUAUGGAAAGCUAAACCUGGACAGUAUGUUUUUGUUUCGUUUUUACAUCCGCUGUAUUUUUGGCAGUCACAUCCUUUCACCGUUUUGGAUUCAAUUAUCAACGAUGGUGAACUAGUCAUUAUUCUGAAGGAGAAAAAGGGGGUAACAAGACUUGUUAAAAAAUAUGUCUACCGCAAUGGAGGUAAGACUUCUAUGAGACUGGCUAUAGAAGGGCCUUAUGGUUGUUCAUCUCCAGUCAAUUAUUAUGAUAAUAUCCUGUUACUUACGGGAGGUACUGGUUUGCCAGGACCUAUUGCACAUGCGAUUGAACUUGGGAAAUCUUCAGCUGCAGCUGGAAAACAAUUCGUAAAGUUAGUGGUUACAAUUAGGGGGUUCGACGUACUCGAGGCUUACAAACCAGAACUAAUGUGUCUAAAAGAUUUGCAUAUACAGCUUCAUGUCUACAACACAAUGCAAACUCCAGUUCUAACCCCUAGCGAUAGUUUAGAUAUUUCUCAACAGGAUGAAAAAUCUGAUGAGAAAGGUACUGCUGUGGCAACUACUUUAGAAAAGAAUUCAUUCAAUCCAUUCCAACUUGAUAAUGCUGUUUUUCAUCAUGGAAGACCAGAUGUCAAGAAACUUCUUCAGGAAGCAUCUGACUUCAAUGGUUCGUUGGCUGUGGUUUGUUGUGGUCCUCCUAUUUUUGUUGACGAAGUAAGAGACCAAACAGCAAGUAUUGUUCUAGAAAAGUCUUCAAAAGCAAUUGAGUACUUUGAAGAAUAUCAAACUUGGUAG